AUUUUCAGCUCUACCUGCCGGAUCACAUUUCCUUUUCCCACAAUAGGUCUCCUGGCAACGGGCGUCGCGCUGUUUUACACAAUUGUGAGGUCGAACCACUCUGAAAAUCGCAGGCGGGGUGCCAUGCAUACUUUUCUUACACCUCCACAGCAAAGAUGCGUUUUUAACGCACAUACGUAAUGUCUCACUCAAGACUAAGACGUGCUAGAAGCAAUUUUCUUGGAUAUGAUUUCACUCUGUGAAAAGAUAUACCCAUCACCCCCGAAGUAUUCUGAGUAGGUGGUGCCGCAUUUGGCGGUAGCCCGCGGGAUAUGUGGUACGGAACCUGAGCCUAACCACCAGUGACACUUGUGGCGGUGCCCAGCCACACGUAUGUGCCGCAGCCACUCUCAACUAUAUAGCUGUGCAAACACCAAAUAUUUGUCGUCGACCACCGGGAGCUGAACGUUUGUGUGAUCGUGGAUUUAGUUCGCGCGUGUUCGUGUCGACAUCGGGAGCUUCACAGUGGUGCGGCCGUGCGGGGUUGGUCUGCCUGUAGUCGGCAGGGGAAGAUCUAAUCUGUGAGUUCGUGACUCCGACAGGUGGUCACGCAGACAAAAGUCUCCCACGUUGAUGUUGUCUACGAACUGACAGAAACCCGUCACUAUGGAGACCAUGGUCAAUGGUGACACUGACGACAGCGAUGCUGAAGUUCAAAGCUUAGAGGAGGAAAGCGGCAAACCCUCCAUUCCUUCACACUUACACUUUGACCUCUCCGAUCGCUGCCUCAGCCACCUUUCAGUCGGUGUCUGUAAGAUGGAGGACAUUCAGUCUCUAGACCUUCGCAGCAACUAUUUGACCUCUAUCCCAGACGACAUCGAGAAUCUCCGAAAUCUGAAGGUUCUCAAUCUCAGCGGCAACAGGAUCGUUGAGUAUUCUUUCCUGUCAAAGUUAAGAACAUUAGUCGAACUUGAUCUAUCAAACCAAAACCUGAGAAGUAUUCCCGAAGAAGUAUUCAAUAUACAUUCUCUAGAAAUUCUUCGCGUAGCCAACAACGACAUUACUGAAAUCCCCAAGAGCAUCUUGAAGUUGAAAGGCCUCCGCAUCUUAGAUGUCUCCGGAAAUCGCAUUUCGUCGUUUCCAAUUUCGACCCUGGGCACCCUGAAGGAGUUGUACAUCUCCCGCGUGCAGCUGCAGACGAUCCCGGAAGAAGUGUUUGCCCUGGAAGAGCUGGAGGUGCUAGACAUUUCAAAUAACAAAGUAAAGUAUCUACCCGUCAAGCUUGGUAAACUGUACAGACUUCGAGUACUCAAGCUUGGCGGAAAUAACGUUUGUUCCUUCGAAGUCAUGCCUGCUUUGCAAUGUCUACAAGAACUUGAUCUUUCAGAUAUGAGGCUUAAGUCCAUUCCAAAGGAAGUGUUUUACCUGACGAACUUGAAGACGCUGAAACUGAACAACAAUAAAAUCAGAACAAUACCGGCGGACAUAGAAAGGCCCAUGGCCUUACAAACUCUGCUUCUGGACAACAACAAGAUAUCCAGCGUCUCCGAGGUGCUCGACAAGAUGAAGUUCCUGCGUCACUUAUCACUUAGCAACAACAACCUGACAGACUCGGGGUUCCCUGUCGAUGACGUGGACAUUAUUAGCCUUGAGCACUUGAAUCUGGACGGGAACAAGCUCACAGCGAUCCCGACAUGCGUCUAUCAGGCACAGAAGCUGGUCUGUUUGAGCGCUGAGGGAAACAGGAUAAGGGUCCUACCGGAAGAAAUAGCAGGCCUGAAAGAUAUUCGGGUUCUAAAACUCAAGAACAACAGAAUCCGACAGGUUGCUGAUGACGUCGCAGAACUGUGUGAAAUACGUCAUCUAGAUCUCAGCGAAAACAGACUGAACGGCAUUCAUCCAUCUAUACUCGAGAUGAGACAUAUGGAAAGUCUGGACCUGAGUAAGAACCGGGUCAUUAAAAUUCCCCGCGAAAUCUCCCAUCUACGGCGACUACAGACACUCAAACUCAGAGGCACAGAUCUAAGGGAAGUUAACGAAGAACUAUUCACUAUCGAUGAUUUGAGAGAGCUGGACAUUGGACAAAAUCCUAGAAUGUUCAUCUCAGAAAAAGUCUCAAAACUGAGGUGUUUAAAAACGCUUAGUCUCGAUGGUUGUCGUCUGAGCGGGCUUCCCCGAGAGUUAUUCGAACUCCCAAACUUGGAAGUACUCGACAUCAGUGACAACGAUAUUCGCACUAUCCCCACAGCGAUUGAAAACUUAAAGAAGUUGAAGGUUCUGCGUGCAAACCGACUGUUCUUAGAUAGUGUGCCAUAUUCUAUUUUAGGUCUCUGCAAGCUCAGGUGUCUCUUUCUUCAAGGCAAUAGAAUCCAAAAGAUAUCUGAGAGUAUCUCCAUGCUAAAGGAACUACAAGUGUUGGACCUCUCCGACAACAAGAUCCGAAGGAUUCCUGCUCAGCUCGGAGAAAUCAGUACCCUUCAAAGCGUCAAUGUCGAGCGGAACUGGGUCACAGACCUGACGCCUAUCUGUAGACUGAAGUACCUCGAGACUCUGAACAUCGGAAGCAACGGCCUCUACUCCUUACCAGGGAACCUCGUCGAGCUUUCCCAACUUAAGCACCUAAGAGCAAGCCACAACAGGUUAACCAGUCUGCCAGAACAGUUCGGGAAGCUCAGCAGACUAAAGGUCUUAGAUCUUACUAAGAACAACAUUGAGAGCCUCCCGGACUCCCUCUCAAGUCUCAAUGCCCUUUCAGUUCUCCGCCUUGCCUCCAAUGACAUGUCGUCAUUUCCGACAGAGGUGUGUGGGAUCAACACCCUGACGGACAUUGACCUUUCUAGCAACAAGAUACCCUCGUUACCGUUCGGCGUAGGUCUGUUAGAAAAUGUGGAGGCCCUAAAUCUGAGCAAAAACAAGCUACCAGAUGACAUGCAUGAUUUCAUCAGUCAGAUGACUAGUCUCAAACAUCUUGACUUAAGCCAGACUGGCAUGACAAAGGUACCCGAAACCAUUUCGCGUCUGGAGGAGCUCGAAUAUCUCAACAUCUCUAGUAACAAGUUGCAAUACAUUCCGUCCGAGAUGUUCGAGCUUCCUUUCCUUGAAGAACUCGAUGCUAGUGACAACGUCCUGAAGGAAUUGCCAGUAGACGCUGUACAGGAGAGUGACGUAGAGCGGUUACUGCUCGGAGGAAACCACCUUGAUGAGUUGUCCCGAAACAUCAACACGCUGAUGUACCUAGAGCGGCUUGAUCUCAGUCGCAAUAAUCUCCGAGACUUGCCAGAAAGUCUCAGCUUCCUACCUUGCCUGGAAAUCCUCAAUCUAUCCGGCAACCGACUCAGGCACUUUCCGCCGGAAUUCUCUGGGCUGAUGCUCGAGGUUCUUGACUUGUCCGACAAUGGGCUUAGAUUCGUGCCGAGGGAGGUCACAGAUAUGCUUUCCUUGCAAACAUUGAACAUCAGUCGCAACAGGAUCAAAGUUAUAGGAGACAGAAUGUGUCAGUUGGACAGUUUGGUAGACUUAGACAUCAGCAGGAAUAGCGUAACCAGCAUCCCAGAAAACAUCUGUCUUCUCGCCAACAUGGAGAGACUAACUGCGUCCCACAACAACAUCUCUUCGAUCAUACGGGACGUUUGCGAGCUGCCUAACCUCGAGUACUUGGACCUUCGCCACAACCAACUAGAAAAGGUUCCGACUGACAUUGGCAGUCUAUCACAGCUUCGCGUGCUAUUGCUCAGUGGGAACAAAAUCGCCUACGUAACGGCGAUCGACCUGGCCAAGGCUGUAGAGCUCGUCCUGUUGGAUCUAAGCCGGAAUCUUUUGACCUCCAUACCGAGCAGUGUGUGUCAGUCGGCGUCUCUCCGAGUCCUGAAACUCAACGAAAACAAGAUAGAGGGCGUCCCUACAUACAUAUCGCGUGCGACCGGCCUGACUGAACUGCAGCUCCGCGGAAACAGGAUCUUCGUAGUGUGCCGAGAGAUCUCCGAGCUGCACAAUCUGCGGAAAGUUGAUCUUUCGUACAACCAUCUGUCCACGUUGCCACUGUCUAUCUGCCACAUGAGCAACCUGGAAGCUCUUGACAUUAGUCACAACAGGAUAUACUACUUGUCUUCAGACGUUCAAAAGAUGAAGAAGAUCAGGACUUUUAGAGCAGUCGGAAAUAAGAUCCACCAGCUUCCGGAACAGAUCCUCAAGCUAGACCGACUAGAACAUGUCGUCCUACAUGACAACAAUAUCAACCUGUUACCGAGUGUCAUGCCCCCUAACGUGGUAACACUGGACCUCAGCUGUAACGGCAUCUCCCGAUUGGGGUCAAGUUUGGGACGAAUGCAAAAUCUCGAAGUACUGAACUUGGCUGACAACAGAGUAGACAGCUGCAGAGGUGUGUUCGGUCCGAACACCUUCCCUAGUCUUCGCGUUCUGACUGUGAGAAAUAACGCUAUCAUGGCUCUGCCCAACAUAGGUCACUUGCGGUCUCUUACGUCUUUGGACGCAACAGCCAACAGCAUUUCGGACCUCGUAGACCUUUGCAAUGCUUCAGAUCUCCGGGUGCUGAAGGUCGACAACAAUCUCAUCACAGAAGUUCCCGACGAAAUCGCGAAGUUAGAACACAUUGAGCUUCUGUCACUAAGUGGAAAUUGGCUGGAUGAUUUGUCACCGCACUUGUCCGAGCUUUCCAAGAUUCGCCGCCUUGUAUUCAACAGCUGUAUGCUCACAGAGGUUCCUCCGGAGGUAGGGGAGCUUCGCACUCUCAGGAGUAUUGAGCUAAAAGACAACGAACUGGCAGACUUUCCUGAUGUUCUUUUGUACUUGCCGCACCUUGCAAACGUCGCAUUAGACGGCAACAAGCUUGACAUCAUCCCAGACGAAGUGCGACGAUUCGAGAGUCUUAAGAUUAUGAGUCUCUCCAGAAACAACAUAGAAACUCUGCCGAGUACACUCUGUCAUGUCAACAAUCUGCAGUGGUUAGAUGUCAGGAAAAACAAGUUAACGACUCUACCGGCAGACAUCGUACGACUGGAGGAUCCUACGAUCUUAACGUCGGGAAACUGCUUGGUUAGCCCUCCACAGGAAGUGUGCGACCAGGGCUUCUCCGCCAUUACCAGCUUUUUCGAAGAGACAGGACGGUCGGACGCCGUGCUGCGGCCUCGCCUGAAGGUCAUUCUCCUCGGCUCCAUUCUAGCUGGGAAGUCGAGUUUGAGAAAAUCUCUGGUGAACAAUUCCCCGUUCCUGACAGACGUUGAAGCGAGAACUCACGGAGUGGAGCUGGAAUCUGUCAAAGUGGAGGACAUUGAACUUCUUCUGUACGACACAGGGGGGCACGAGGUUUACGCUCACACGUACAAGUUUUUCCUUGACGCAGCAUCACUCCAUGUUCUCACAAUCAACCUCCGCCACUACUCUCGCAACAACUUCUUCAAUGAAGUAGGUGGCUGGCUGGUCGCACUGGCGGCUCGAGUUCCCGGGGCCAACGUCCUUAUAGUAGGGACCCAUACAGACCUGUGCUCCAUGGAAGACGUUCAGAUGAAAAGCGAAGACAUCUUGUUCCAGAUACGGAAGAUGGAACGCGACGGAGUACGAGAGCUGGAGAAGCAAAUCGGUAGCAUAGCUGACAUACUUGACGAAUCAACUGACAACGACGACAUUGGAGACAUUCCCUCUGACGGGUCCCUACAACAAAAGCAGAAACAUCUCACUCAUCUGUUGAUCAACCGACUCAACAUCAUUCCAAACAUGGUAACGAUUAGUUCCAAGACGUUCUCUGGUAUUCCUCACCUGAGAGAGAAACUGGUGGACAUCGCGAAAAGCCGAAACAUUUUUCCGAACAUCUAUCGGGAGAUUCCGGCUUCGUGGUCGCGUUUGGAAGAUGCCCUGGAAGCGAACAGGAGGACAAGCCCGGGAAGGGUGUACCUGACUGUGGCUGAGUUCGCCAGGAUAGCGAAACAAUCGGCAGAACUGAAAGGGAAGGAUGCAAUCAAAGCGGCUUUGACAUACCUCGACUGUAGCGGCUCUCUGUUGUACAGUCCUGAAGUUGGCCCUUACGUUUUCCACAACCCCUUGCUUCUGAUGGAUGCAUUCAAAAUGGUCUUUGAGCAUGAACCAGAAGAACUGCUUGAUUUCGGCAACCCUGUGUUCAGCGAGUUCGGUCACUUCGACAAAUUCAGCUUUGCCCGGGCAAAACGAGACUUUCUGGGGCAGGCUGUUCUGUCGCGAGACAUGCUCAACUGUCUUUUGUCAAUCUUGAAGGUAGAUGCCGAGGUUGUGGACGCCCUGAUCGGCCUCAUGAAACUCUUCGGCCUCUGCUUCUCCAUGCGACCUCGCAAGAACCAGGAUUCUAACGAACUUCUCCGUUUCCCGUAUUUCCUGCAAGAUGAAACCUUUGAAGACUACCAAGAGAACUGGCCCGUAACGCUCCCUGUCGGGAUGAAACAGAUAGAGAUAGAAUUUCUGCUCCACAAGCUCUGUCCCCCGGGUCUGUUCGAAACGCUCUGCGCGAGGAUCAACCCAUACGCGAUGUACCGGAUCGACUGGGUCAACGGAGUCUAUGGGCGAGCCGACGGGAGACACCUGUUGAUCGUGCGGGAAAUCCUGGACGACCACACCAGCGUGGCGAUCGCCGUGCGAGGGGCGAGGGACGACGUGACCGGACUGUGGCGACUCCUGGUUCCGGUGCUGAACGAGAUGGAGACUCUGCUCGGCAGCUGGCCAGGACUACGCUACGACCGUUUCGUGGUCUGUCCAGGAUGUCUGGAGACCGGCAUGCAGUACCCUCAGCGUCUGGACGGUGGCAUUCUUAACCAGGCUCACGACAAGCGGACCGCCCGGAUCGUGUGUCAGGGCUGCGACAACAAGGGAGAACACCUGGUGGAUCCCGAUCUACUCUUCCCACCGUCGUCAGGAGAACAUGUAGAGGACUUCGACCUGUUCUUCUCCCUAUGCUUUGAGCGACUUGAGAAGAAACCCAACAAAGCAUCAACGAGGACCCCGAAACACGAAGGAGCGGCGGCAAAGAAGACAGCGCGUCGCCGUCAUGACAGCGUACCGAAGACGUAUGUUCUUCCGUCCUACAUGUUUCUUGACGGCGACGACGACUUCAUGACAUUUGAUGUGGACGUUGACAUCAACGUCGAUGAACCCCCGAAUGUCGCCAUCUCCACGUCAUCAGGAUCGACCACUGAAUGGUCACACACGGAGGGUGACAUAAGCGAUGAUGAACUAUGGCACCCAGGGGAGGAUCCGUUAAAGAACACGGGCACGACGGACCGCGUAGACUGCGGGCAGGAAACGGAAAUGGCGUAUGACCUCCAUGGUAUGUCGUUGAAAGCCACAAAAGACGCCAGUAGCCAUGGCGACAGUUUUCUCAGCCUCAGCCUCCCAAGUUUGACGGACGACAAAGAUGACGAUUUCAGCUGCGAACCCAUGGAGAUGGCGUCGUCCACUGAUGAAGAAAACGAAGCAGUGACACAGAACAUUCAGAACUGGGACAACCUGUCCGUGCAGAGCUAUGAUGAGGCCAUGGCGCCUUACUACGUGCCUUAUGAUGGUGACGUCCUCCAUGACAUGGACAUCAGGCGCAGCGGCCACUACAGACCCAAGUGUCUGCUCAUGUAACAUGUGACUGUCAGUAUUAAUCAUAGAGUCUUGUAACGUUAGAUUAAACUUAGCGUAAAGGUACAGACUCUAACAAUCUUUGGUGUACAUGUACUCACGGCGGAUACAGACAGAACUACAUUUUCGUACACCGUGUACAUUUGUAACUUUAAUGAUUACUAAUUUACACUAUGUACGACACUGCAGUUCAGUGCUUGUAUCUGCGGUAAAAACCCCGAGGGACGUUUUAAAACUUUGUUUUUUUUAGAAAAUGUUCUUUGUGCAGUGUUUGUUUUGCAGUUAAAAGAGUUCAUCCAUAUAUGUUGAUUUAUGAGUUACGCAAUAUGUAGAAGCUUGCAGUGCAAUGUAUGAUAUAUUCUAUUCACAUAACAAUACGUCCGCGUACGGUUGUAAAAUCACUCUCAGACCAGUUCAAUACAUCCAAAUCACUUGAAUACACAAUGUAUAAAUCACCUGCGACCAGAUAUCACAAUUAAUGGAAGGCAUGUCAUUGAUAUAUUGUCAUUCUGUCAAUGACAAGCAAUAUUCGGUGUUCUUCACGGUGUCAGUAUUAAACUAUUACUGAAAGUUAAUUGGCAUGAGGUAGUCUAAGAGAGCACUUGUAAGAGCACUUAGAUAUGUAUUGCAGUUAAUUAAACUGUUCGUAAAUUCAUGUACCUAAAUAUGUUACUGUUUAAGCAUGACGUGUUGGCACUAAACGCCUGUGUGUGAUAUACUCGUACAAACAAGUUUUUACCAAGGUG